AUGAAACCAGUCAAUUAUUAUAAGGAUGUAUUAGAAUUAACAUAUAAGACACCUGAACAAGUAAACUAAAACAGAAUUAUUGUAAGUUAUUAUCCUUAAUUUAAUUACAAAAAUCUUAUAAACCUUUAACUUAAUAAAUAAUAAGAUUACCUUCUUAUAAAAUUAAAUGGUUGGAAAAAAGGAGAAAGGGAAGUAGCUAAAGAGAAAAAGACAUAAGAUAAUUAAAAGAAAAAGAAAAAGGAGAAGAAUAGAAAAUGAUAGAAAAGUAAAUGUUAUAAGAAAUAAAAGUCCUUACUUGUCACUAUAAAUCCCAUUAAGAUUAGUAAUAGUAACAAGAUCUUGAAAUAGAAGAUCAUGUGAGUUACCAAAAUAGUCGGGCAAAGUAGAUCUAGGAGUUAUUUUGAAUGCUUUGGAUUAUCCUAAACAAACUUAUUAAUAAUUUUAACCAUUAAUUAAGCCAGUUAUAAUUACGUAAACUGAAUAAAUAGCACCAGCGAAAUAGAGUCAAACUCAAUAAUCGAACAACCUAAAUAGCGACUCCAAAGGGCAUUGGUUUAGAAAUAGGAGAAAACCAGAUUUGUCAAAUAAAGUUGAAUAAUAAAAAUAAUCAUUUUCAGAUUCAAUGAAGAUUAUAAAGGUUGCUCCUGCUAAAUUUAUAAAAUUGAGAAGUAAUCAACAAAGUUAGGUAACAAAGGCAUCAUUGAUCUAUAUAUCUAAGCAAGUAUUUUAUUAUAAAAUAUUCAAAAGUGCAGCGAAAAUUCAAUUACGGAUAGGAUGAUACUGAAAAACAACUGAGAAUUAAAUUAGCGUCCAAAUAAUAACUUAUAUUUUACAUUAUAUUUUAAUUAUUUUUGUAUCAUAACAUUUCAAACAAGUUUUCUUAAAUACUUUUUUAGUUUUAUUAAUUUAUAUAAACUCUAACUACAAUCUCAAUUUUAAUCAAUAUGAAGGAGAGCAAAUAUCACGAAUGCCAGUUUGAAGGCGAUUCCAAUGUUAGAUUGUUACCUCAAGCAAUCGAUCACAUUGACAAAAGUUACUCUUUAGAAAAUGAUAUGGUUUUGGGAUGGGUUCCUGCUUAUUAUCAAGAAGAGAUAAUAAAUUUGGAGUUCUAAAACGAGUUGAAUGAUUUAGUAAUUGAAUUUUAGCACUAGAAAGAUCCAAAUAAGUUAGUGUAUUUAGGGUAUAGGCCAAAUGAUGCAAUGUAAUUUCAUAAUUAAUUCUCAGCAGAAUCUAAUUAUACGUUCAAAAAUACUUAAAAUUAAAAAAUCAAGAAUAAUAAAAAUUAAUAUUUAUUUGUAGGAAUGAAUCCAAAUAUUGAUUCUAAAAUAAAAUUCAAUUCAUAAUUUGAAAGUGGAAAUUUGGAUUUAGUAAUCCAGAAAUCUGAAUCUGAGUAUGAUUUAUUUAUGAGGGUUGAUACAAAUACGAAUGGUCAUACACUUUGGUAUUAUUUUGAAGUCGCUGGUUUGAAGAAUUAAGAAUAAAUUACAUUUAAUAUUUGCAAUUUUCGUAAGAAGAAGUGCUUAUAUGAACGUGGAAUGAAGCCUUAUGUCUAAAGGGAUUCUUAAGAAUGGUAGCAAGAAGGAGAGAAUGUAAAAUAUGGGAGUUAUAAAUGUUAAUUUAAAGAUAUAAAAAAAUAAUAUUAUUGUUUGACAUUCACUUUAAUGAAUAAAUAAGAGGAUGACACGCUAAAGAUAGCCUAUUGUAUACCAUACACAUUUAGUAAAUUAAAUACGUUUAUUAAAUCCUUAAAUUCGCAAUAUAUGGAAUAAUCAUAUUUUUGUUACACAUUAUGUGGAGUUUAAGUGCCAAAGUUAACAUUCUCUAAGGGUGGCAUUUUGAAGAAGAAAGUGGUUGUAAUUUAAGCAAGAAUACACCCUGGGGAAUCAAAUUCAUCAUGGGUUAUGUAAGGUUUAUUAGAGUAUUUGAACUCAAGCAGAGCAGAGAAAUUGUUAGACUAGUAAAUAAUAAAGUAAUUAUAAGGUUAGUUUUUGUGAUAGUGCCAAUGAUGAAUGUUGAUGGAGUAAUCUUUGGUAAUUAUAGGACUGGUUGUGCAGGGAAAGACUUGAAUAGAUAAUUUAGGGAUGAUAACAAGAAAUUGUAUCCAACAGUUUAUGCAAUGAAGCAAAUGAUAUCUGAUUUGUAUCAAAUAUAUGGAGAUCAAAUAGUUGCUUUUAUUGAUAUACAUGGACAUUCUGGUAUGUAAUACAAAUUUUAUUAGAGCCAAAAAGAAUGCAUUUUUAUAUGGACCUGAAUUUUAAUUGUGGAAUUGUAAUUAUUAUAAAUCAAGAUUAUUUGCUAAAAUUUUAUCUCUUAAGACUCAUAUUUUUCGUUAUUAUUCAUGUCUAUUCAGAAUAAAUGAAUGCAAAAUUAAUACUGCUAGAGCUGUAUUUUGUGAGAAAUAUCAAUUUAUUAAUUGUUUUACUUUGGAGGUAUCAAACAGUAGUUAUUAUUAUGAUUAAAUUACAGUGGAUUUUACUGAAGAGAAACUGAUUUAGUUGGGUUAGAUAAUUGGAGAGUCAUUUAAUGAUUUUAUCACUCAUUUUUAAGAAAUGGACGAAUUAUUUAGUGAUUUUAAGGAAAAGAAAACAAAAAGAUAAACUAAAAAAAAAGGUAGUAAUCAAUCAAAUGAGGAAAAAUAAUUGAAUCUUUAGAUAUUCUGUUAAAAUUCAAAAUAUUCUAAAUUAUUCGAAGAGAUGAAGAAUGAUUAACCCAAUUUAUCUUUUUCUGAAGGAGAGUCUGAUAGUGAAAGGGAAUCAGAUGAUUUAGAUGAUGAAGUAUUAAAGAAUGUUGUCUUGACAUAAAAUAAAUAAAAAUAAAUCAAAAAUUCUAAGAAGUUAUAAAAAUUAAAUGAUCUGAAAAAGAAAUCCAUCAGAAGUGAAAGUAAUCCGACAGGAACCAAAAAUACUGUGCUACUCAGUAGAUAAUCAUUUUUAGAAGAUUAGCCUAAUAAUAUUAUUUAAUAUUCCUAAAAUUAUAGCAUUAAUAGAAGAUCAAAGCAAAAAUCAUAUAAAUAGGAUGAUAUUAUUAAAGAUAAUUCCCUCCCCUCUAAAUAUAGAAUGAAAUCUAACAAUGUUCAACAUUUUAGAGGAACUACCAUAGGAGGCUUUUAAUAAAAUGUGGAAUAAAUGAGUAAUUAAGAGAAAAAUAAAUCUCCAAUUAAACUUAAAGUCUUAAUCCAAGAUGCUUAAUUGAGAGAGAAACCAGAAUUAAACUGUGAGAUUAACGAAGAAAAUAUGGCUGAUAAGGUGCUUUACCCUUACAUAAAAAAACAACAAUAUAACCAGAAAAAUAAUACAAAUAUCCAAUUUGCUGGUGAUCCAUACUCCCCUACAAGAGAUUUAAUGUUUCUCAAUGAAUUCAAUGACAAAGAAAUGUUUUAUACUCAUCUUCCAACUGAUUAAAGUUACAAUUAGAAUAUUUCUACCUUAUAUCAGAAAAUAAAUAAGAAUUUCUAACCUUCUCAAAUACAAAGAUACUAUAAAAUACAAAAGUUCUAGACAACUUAAAAUCCUUCAAUUAAUUUAAGAAACACUUUACAAAUGUCAAAGUUGGGAGCAACAGAGAAUUCUUAUGGAGUUAGUAUAAAACCAAAGCUCUUCGCCUCACUUUAAGUAGAUGAAACUGAAGGUUAGACAGAACAAUCCAAAAGUGCAAUGAAUCAAUUUUAGAGUACUUCAAUACCUUAGAAGCAGUAAAAGCAGAAUAUCCAAUCUUCAUUUUAUUCGAUUUAAAAAAAUUACAAUAACACUAAAGGCAUGCAACAAUACCUUUUUUUGAAUAAUUGA